UAGAGGGGCUCCCGCUGAGGACGGCUCUGUGCCGCAGGGACAUCUGGGAGCUGUGGGAGUUGGCACUGUCCUCGGUGGACGUGGUGCCAAAGAUGGUGCGGGAGCUGCUGCGUCUGCUGGAGAUGGCGCCGCUGGGCCUGGAGACCGAGAGCGGCACGCUUACCGUGGCCGCGGCCACGGCGCUCUAUAAGCUCCUGCAGAACCUGGAGUACGGCCCGCAGCUGCGGCUGCUUUUCCCGGAGCUCUUUGUGCUGCUCGUCAUCCAGUUGGUGUCCUCUGGGGAGCUCGGUCCUCUGGAGGCCACCGCCAUCACGGAGGAGCCAUUCCGCCCAAGUGCUCCCACCUCUGCCAUCAGUAUGGUGAUGGAGGCGCUGCGCCUUUUGCUGCUGUGCACUGACAUGGACAACCUGGCGCUCUGCAUGGAGACCCAAGACCUGUGGGCGCAGCUGCUGGGCGCUGCCACGUGGCGAAAUGGCCUGCAUUCCCUCAAUAAGGUGAUGCUGAGGAAAUGCCAGAGUCAGAGCAGCUGCAUCUUCAGCCACCUGCAGAACCUGCUGCGCUUCCACCAGCUGCAGUGGAGGGAGGUCCCGGCCAUGGCGCUCUACUUCGAGAUGUGGAGCUGCCAGGGGCCCCGGGAUGACGACUCCUGCACGGAGAAGAUCUUCAGGAAAUACAUCGCCAGCAAACGGCCCGAGAGCAGAGAGCUGGCGCUGCGCGGCCUGCAGGACCUUUACGCCGGGAGGACGCAGCUCCUGCUGCCCGACGUGCUGCGGUGGCUGCAGGACGUGCGGGCUGACGUCAAACUGCAGGCCAUGCGUCUGCUGCGGGGCAUCCUGGCACAGCACCCCGCCAGCAUCCCAGGUGCGCUCGGCCAGCUGGCCGUGCUGCUGCUGUCCUGCUUCAACGAGGACGAUGUGGAGCUGCGCUGGCGCUCCAUGGAGCUCUUUGCGCUGCUGCUGGAGGCGCCGGGCAGGAAGCAGCUGCUGCCAGAGGUGGAGAGGAGCCUGCUGCCGCUCUUCAUCCACAUGAAUGAGGACAUCCCCAACGUGGCCCAGGCUGCUCAGAACGCUCUGAUCCACGCCGCCAAGCUCCUGGAGUGGCAGCAACUGCAACGCUUGGCCAGCAUGGCGGAGGUCUGGAUGAUCGCUGACUGCCUGCUGCAGAAGAGGGGCAGAUUUGCGGAGCUGUACCUGAAGCAGAUCGUGCUGCACCUGCACAGCCCCCAGGCGCCCGUGAGGGAGGCGGCCGUGCGCUUCCUGGGGAUGCUGGGGCGGCAGCUGAGGCAUGAGAACCAGCAGAUGGUGUUGGACAUCCGUAAAGCCCUGCAGGGCGCCAAGGAGGACACCUGA